AGAUUAAGUGUAGUUUGAGUGUGGUAGUUUGUCAAGUUGCAACUUGUAAACACCAUAAGACCCCCCAAAACCUUUCCCCAUUCGGCCUGUUUAUAUGUUCUUUGGCCACUGUUCUCUUCACGAAGUUCGAUCUCAAAUAGACGACCUCGUGGAAGUCGAUUAUUUUCUCUCGCUCCUCUUUUUGUGUUUGAACCCUUGGGUUUGGGUCGUCCUGCCAACAUUCGUUAAAAAAAGUACUUACUGAAAAGAGGGAAGAACAGAAGAUGACAGAGAGAAUGGCACCCGAGGUGGAAUCGUCGCUGUGGUUAGACUGCGAUCCGGGUGUAGAUGACGCAGUUGCGCUGGUGAUGGCGUCCGCUGAGCGUGGGCAUAGACUGCUGGGCGUGUCUACCGUCACCGGGAAUGUGUCCCUCGACAAGGUGACGAAGAACGCGCGGAAGAUGCUGCAUCUAUCAUUAAGUCCCUAAUAUUCGUUCAGAGAAGUGACUCAGAUUUUCUUCGUGCGUAAACGUAACGAUGAAUAAUUAAGUACUUGUUUUUAUUUUAUACUAGCUUAAAAAACGGACAGAAAGAGGAUUAUAGAGUGGAGUCGUUUCGAACUUCGAAAUGACUCUACUAUGAAGGACAUUUUUUAAUAAUUUCACUUUCAGGAAGCAUUACUUUUGUAUGCGAUUUAUUAGCUACUGAGUUGAUGUUGAAGAUGUUGAAGGUACUUAUGAUCUCGUGAGUUGUAAACCUCAUGCUCGUCCUCUAAUAGCUGGGCGAUCGGACGUGCGUGUUUACGCUGGGGCGGAGCGACCUUUGCUCAGGCCAUGCAAAUACGUCCCAGAAGUGCACGGGGAAUCGGGUUUGGAUGGGUCGGACGUGCUCGAGCAGCUCGAAGUAGAAUUUUUUGGCUUUUUGAUUCUUUCUUGUAGUUUCAUUGAGAAAUUUGUUGUAUAAUUAUUCGUGUGAGACAAUCUCGUGCUUGAAAUAGUGUAAAAUGUUUUGGUCUACUUCGGUUUCAAUCAUCAUCGACUUACAAUUAUUCAUGCGAUGAUCAUGGCCUCGAAACUCUAGGCCUCAACGUAAUGUCCACGCCGACGAAGAACACUGACCUCUUUAGUAGUUAGUAUCCAUAUUUUUUUAGGUGGCUGAUCACGACGGCAAAAGUGAGCACGCAGUCGAAGCCAUGCGACGAGCAAUUAUGAGCACACCUGCCGGCACGUGUUGGUUGCUUUGCACGGGGCCUUUGACGAACGCCGCCUUGCUCUUUUCACUCUACGGCCGAGAGGUUUGUCCCCACCUUGCCGGGCUGGUUUUUAUGGGUGGCGCAGUGACUCUAGGGAAUAUGAAUUCGGCAGUCGAGUUCAACAUGGCUGCAGAUCCCGAAGCAGCACGAAUUAUAUGGCACAAUGACAAAAUAAACUGUAGUUUUACUACUUUCUACUGUAUCUUCAAUCUAUCAUGAAUAGCAAUGAAUCAAUAGCAUUGUAAUUGUAUAGGUCAGUUUCGAACAGUACUAGGGAGUUCUUGUAGAGAUCAUCAAUGAACAAUUGGAUCACAACUUAGCAGGGAGUGAUAAGAAUCGCACUUGUUGCACUUCUAAGAAAUGUUUUGGAGGUUUACGCUGACCGUCUCCGCGAAACAGUGAUGGUGCCUUUGGAUUUAACUUCAAGGGCCCUAGUCGGCGAAGAAUUUCUUGCGAAGAUGGCUGCUCGCGUGUCCCCAGAUACCUCCCGACUUUCCCGCACAUUGACCGACAUCUUGCGGCACACAGGCAAAGGGCAUGUGAACGUCCGUUCCUGCCCGAUAAACAACGUGGUUUAUUUAAGGCUUAUAGUAACUCAUCUUACGAAGCAUCUCUGGCCCCUUUUGUAAGGGAAAAACACGCCAAAAAUGCUUUUCAAGGUGAAUAUUAUAAGUGAGGUCUAAUAUAUGGACAGAACUAUCCGGUACAUGAUCCGUGCGCGUUGUUCUAUAUUUGGUCGCCAAACUCGUUUCGCGUGGAAAAGCAUCGCGUCGAGAUCGAGACAGGAUCGAGCCUGUGCAGCGGGCAAACAGUGGUAGAUCUUGACGGCGCAUGGGGAAAGCCUGCGAACGUGAAGGUGGCGAUGACGAUGGAUCUCGACGCUUUCUUCGAAAAUGUAAUAGAAUCCGUCGUAAUCUGUGCAAAAGCAGGCGAUGCUGCUUAGCCUGCUGCUUUAAGUUAGGAAACGAGGCGAGCGGCCGCUGAGUCGUGGUCCCAUUCCCCUGCCUCAGAGGAAACUCUCAAACUACACGACUCGGCGACUACAGAUCACCUCAGAUUACUAUGUUGUGUGCAGAGUUUUUUUUACUAAAUAACAAGAAUUACUAGAAAAUUUGUGCAGAACGAAGUUGUCAUUAACAUCAAGGUGAGUCUUCCCCUUAACAAAAACAGGAAUGACAUGAAGCAAAGUUUGACUAUGACAUAGAUCAUACACAACCAGAGAGCUGAGCACUCUUCGGAGGCGUUGCACAGGGCUCCGGCCUGCGUUCGCAGGUGAGACCUAUGGGGCUGACAGGACGACGAUAGCGCCGGUGCUUAAUUAGUUUAUAGGAGUAUACUGGUUGAUAGUUGCCCUUUUCUCUUUUCUAUCUUCCUCUGGUCUUUCUUUUUUCUAGUUAGGUCGGCUCCGCCACUAUUAUGGCAUAGGACGCCUCUAUCUAGAAAUCUGACUCGUCGGUCAGUCUUCAGUGACCGAAGACGCAGAGUUCUGGAUAGAUGCCUAGCGUUUUCGACUCACUUAAUUCUGAUCGAUUCAUAUGUAUAGAAAACACCUAAAGUCCAUCUUAGCGAAGACCUUCACUUUGAUACGUAGCUGCUGAGCGUGUGGUUGAGUUUAUUUGUCAUAGACAUGAUAAUUGUUGAUUGUCUCCUCCAUUUUUUUUAUCAUUAACGAGCAUAUACGUAUAAGUAAUUCAUACCCUGAGCGCGUAUUUGAAAACAUAUGAUAAUGGUCAAAAGCCGAAUAAUCAAUAAGCUCAUCCUAAUAUAAUAAGGCUUCUUUAGUUGUUUUUUCGCUUCGUUCUCAGUCGAGGCGUACUGCAAAUCUAGGCCGCUGGUUUUUACCUCUUCGUCAGGCGUAAGCUUGGGUUCAGCGACGCGCAAAGCACAUGAAGAAUCUGGCCGGUUAUUAUAAUUUUUUCUCGUCUUAGGGUACAACUCCCUCGCACCAACUAAUUAUUAGCGAUCAUGUACAUACUUGUUGGAUGACAAAUCACAGUCGGAUACGGAUUUGAGGGGUCCUCGCUUCGCAACUUCAGUGACGAAUUUCACUUCAGUGACGGGUACAAGACGCAGAUAGAAGUAGUCGUCGUAAUUGAGUAGUCUCAAACUCAAACUCAGUCGCAGAAUAUCGCUUCUCAACUCUUCCGGGAACAAGAGGAGGUCGUGUACUGUAAAUGAAUUGUGUAUAAAUGAUUUGAUACUCAUCUUUGGAGAUGUUCUUGAAAAAUCUGUAAUGUAUAGGUUUCUGUUGUAAUCCUGUCCUAUCCUAAUGUAUAGCUAUCUGUUGGAAUGUCAUGUUUUUUCCUUGGUUCGUAGCGCUCUCUUAAACGAUGACUCCAUGUACAAAAUGCACAUGAUGUUGCUGCCUAUACCAAGCAACUUCAUCGUACUUGUUUUAGUAAUUGCUUAUCCAUAUCAUAAAACUUCAUGGGAUGCCGUAAAACCUGCGCGUCUGAUGUGCAGAGCUGCGGUGGGAGCUUUUGUGAUAUCUGAAAUCAAAUGCAUCUUCCCGACUCUCGUAUGAAUGAAUGAAGAUCGCCAAAGCACGCCAGACUUCUCUGCGCCCAUCACAGCUGGUGCGUUGCCCCUUUGGCCACAGGCAUUAAAGUGGAAGUUCCCGAAAUCGGGCAUUGAGUCCCUGCAACCUGAU